UCCAUUGCCGCCUCUGCCCAACAAUGCCCAUAUGGUAUUUAGCAGACAUAACUGACAAGUCCUAUUUAACAUCUCCUCAUGUAUGACAAGGCAGAAAUCCCUGGCUAGAAACUCUUAAGUGCUGUGGAAGUGAAGAGGGGAUUUUCGGUUCGUGCACUCCACGUUCUCCCACAUACUUCUCUCACCCGUUCCCUGGGUGGAUGGCGAGCGUCCUGGUGCCUGGUUUGGGCUGGAAGCACCUCUGUGCUGUGCGGCCCUCCUGCCCGUAACUGCGCUGUAAUUUCUGUCCACGAGCAGGCUAUGCAACCCGCUUUGCCACAUAUUUUUUCUCUUGCCUCAUAUGCUGAUGCUGCUUUCUGCAUACUGUGAUUAAAAUAACUUUUGUGUGUAGCUGCAGCGGGGAAACGUUGGGGUUUGGAUGGAAAUGCUAAUGCUCUGUUAGAGUUAUUACAGAAAAACCUUUUUUGUUAGAUUUUUUUCCCCCCUUCCUUAUCUAGCCAGUCUCAAGAAGAUGCUUUCUGCUGUCAGAAAUAGCAGGAGUAGGAGGAUAUGAAGUAUACAAUUAGUUUUUAAUUUGAUUCUUUAUACCCCGCUGUCAUAAAACCCUUAUUUUAGGUAAAUUAGCUUGCUAAUGACUUUGUUUGUCAAACACCUUAAAGGAAAAGCAAAGGCUUGAUCAAGCCUGGGUAAAACUGUGGUGUUACUUGGUUGACUCUAGAACAGCCUUCACUUGCAUCAUCUGUUCGUUCUUUCUGUUUGAGGUUAGAUGAUUCUGGCUCAUCUGGUUCAAAAUUGUCUAAUCAUCGCUUGAACGUCGGUACUGUAAGGCAAAGGGUUAACUGAGUCCUUCAGGAACUGAAAUUCCCUGCGAAUUUCGGAGGCUAUGGACACAGAUUAAGUAUGUUGUUGGCCGAGACCCUUACUCAUAAGGACGUGGGGGGAGAGGACAUUUGUUUUAUUUUAAGCAUCGAGCUUGGUUGCUCCUAAUCCCUUCCCCCUUUGCUGCCAAGACACCCACCUCUCGCCAUCGACUGCGCUGAGAGCUUCAGCUCCCAAGUUUCGCUCCCUGGCUGUACCCAGAUGAUGUGCCUGGUGGGUCGAGUGCCGUCCCCCGGGGUGGUCUGGGGGAGAAGAAACGAGAUAAAAUUGUAGGAGGAGGGUAAUCCCCACGAUUUGCUCCAAAAAUGGAGCCAGCAGGCAGCCGGGCACGAAGCUGGGAGCAGAAUAAAGCCCCUGAUCAAGUUUAGUUUCUGAGUUUACAGCAAACAUCCGUGUUGUGAAUGCCGCUCGUAACAUAACUGCUUCUAAGGGGAAACGUGAUCGGUUUAUUCUUCGCCGCCGUCGCUGCAGGAAAGCUGCUCCAGAGCCUCCUGCAGGUCUCAGAACAAUCACGGUGUUUCCAGCCUAACGUAGUUUACGGCCAGUUUGUAUAAUUUGUGUUUGUUCUAGCAUUGCCAUUUGGUUUAAACAGUUGUUUUCCCUCCCUGAGGUAAUUAGAGGGAGCAGUUUUAUCCCCUUGUAGCCACUUGUUUUGAUAGGUUAAACAAGUCAAAGUCUUUGUAUCUCCUCCUGUUGUUCCCUCGAUACUCUCCUCGUUUACUUUUACCAUUCAAAACCUUUUUACUAGAAAAGGGAGCUUUACAAAUCUUAGUUUAUUUCUUAAGCUUCCUGCUCAGUUAUGUUGGCAAGUCAGCAGGAUUGGGCUGCUCUUAAAAAUGAGUGGUUUUGGGGGGCCCGCUCCCUGUACUAACCUCUCCAACUCUUUGACGUUCCUCAGGUGAUGGCUUCAGACGGAUGAGAAAGGGAGGUGCUGGGCAAAAUCUGUCCCAGACAAAUCACCUCUUGCUAAUGACUGUGCAUAAACGUACGGAGGUGAUAGACUGGAGAAUUACCAGAUCGUGACUCUUGGGAAGCUGCUUCUCCUCUCGUCAUUAUACAAGAUGUUCAAAAGAAUAAAACACACGAUGCCUUUUUUUUUUUUUUUAAAAAAAAAAAAGUAUUUAUUUAUAUUUUUAGAAACUUAAAUGCUUCUUCCUGUUCACAUGUCUGAACUACAGCUGGUUGCGGAGAGGUGGCUGCUUCUGAGCUUUGAAAGCUUUCCAUUUCUCGCCAGAACGAGGCCUUUAAAGCAUUUCUUAUAAAAUGCAGACUUGUUGACGCUUUCUGAAGGUUGCCUGUGCUCUCCCAUUUGGGAACGCUUCUGUGCCUGCCAGUGCGGGCACUGUCUGAGCACGGGAGGCUUCCCCCCACGGCACUUAAUUGUGGCUUUUAUUUCCAAUUAGUUUGGAGCAGGAGCAGCAGCGGUUGCGUCGAUAAGUGCCGCAUGCUGAACCGGACUCGUGCUUCGUCCUGCGAAUCCAAGAGCCAGGAUUUAGCAGCCCAGGGGGCUCAGAGGGCGGAUCCAGGUGUUGCCGGAUGAGAUUUUUUAUAAGUAUAGCUAAGAAGAAGCACAAUGGAGUUUUACGAGUCUACCUACUUCAUCAUCCUCAUUCCUUCUGUGGUUAUUACGGUUAUCUUCCUCUUCUUCUGGCUUUUCAUGAAAGAAACAUUAUACGAUGAAGUUCUUGCAAAACAGAAAAGGGACCUAAAGUUUCCACCUGCCAAGAGCGAUAAGAAGAAAACGGAGAAGAAGAAGAACAAGAAGAAAGAAGCUCAGAAUGGGAACAUCCAUGAAUCUGACUCUGAAAGUACCCCUCGGGACUUCAAGCUCUCUGAUGCCCUGGGUACGGAUGAAGAGCACGUCGUUCCUGUUCCCUUGAGCAUGACCGAAGCAGCUAGCGGCGUCAGAGAACGGAAGAAGAAGGAGAAGAAGCAGAAGGCAACUCAAGAUGAUCACGUAACUAAGGAGUCGGAAGGAUCCAAGUCUUCAGGCAAGAAAGUAGAACCAGUCCCUGUUACAAAACAGCCCACUCCACCAUCUGAAUCAGCAGCAUCUAAGAAGAAGCCUGGGCAGAAGAAGCAGAAAAAUGGCAUGGAUGAUCAAGAUACUAAGACUGAUUCUGUUGCAUCUCCUGCCAAAAAGCAAGACCCCGUCCUGCUCCACCAGGAGAUAAAGCAAGAAAAUGUAUCAGGAAAGAAGAAAGUCUCUGCAAAGAAGCAGAAAGUUGAUAAUGUUUUGGUGGAUGAACCUCUUAUUCAAGCAACCACGUAUAUUCCUUUGAUGGAUAAUUCCGAUGCUGGCACUGUAGAAAAGAGAGAAGUGGUUGAAGCAGUGAAACAAAACAUGAAUGAGGGGAUCCAGAAGAGCAGUGGCAAGAAAAUGAAGAAUGAAACCGAUAAAGAAAAUGCUGAAGUAAAAUUUAAAGACUUCGUAAUGGCCAUGAAGAACAUGAUCUUCACUGAAGACGAGGCCCGUUGUGUAGUAGAGGUGUUGAAGGAAAAGUCCGGUGCGAUUCAUGAUGCCUUACAAAAGGCUAGCAAGGCAGAGUCGGCUGCAGCGAUACAUCAGCUGCAAGACAAAGAGAAAAUGCUCGCUGUGGUGAAGGAGGAGGCAGCCGUCGCGAAGGAACAGUGCAAGCAGCUCACCCAGGAGCUGGUUGCAGAAAAGGAGAGGAACAGCUUGCUUACAGCAAAAAUGAGAGAACGCAUCAACACGCUGGAAAAGGAGCACGGCACGUUUCAGAGUAAAAUACAUGUUAGCUUCCAAGAAUCCCAGCAGAUGAAGAUGAAGUUCCAGCAACUCCGUGAGCAGAUGGAGGCAGAAAUAAGCCACCUGAAGCAGGAAAAUGGUAUCCUGAGAGAUGCUGUCAGUACUUCUACCAAUCAAAUGGAGAGCAAGCAGUCGGCUGAACUGAACAAGCUACGCCAGGAUUAUGCCAGGCUGGUGAAUGAGCUGGGAGAGAAGAGCAGCAAGUUGCAGCAAGAAGAGCUCCAGAAGAAGAAUGCAGAGCAGGCAGUCGCUCAGCUAAAGGUCCAGCAGCAGGAAGCAGAAAGAAGAUGGGAAGAAAUCCAGGCUUAUCUCAGGAAAAGAACAGCAGAACACGAAGCAGCACAACAAGAUGUGCAGAAUAAGCUUGUGGCCAAAGACAAUGAAAUCCAGAGCUUGCACAGUAAACUUACGGAUACAAUGGUGUCAAAACAGCAGCUGGAGCAGAGGAUGUUGCAGCUGAUGGAGAAUGAGCAAAAGAGAGCUACUAAGGAGGACUCUAUGCAAAUGCGGGUGCAGGAACUGAUAGAGCAAAACGAUGCUUUGAAUGCUCAGCUUCAGAAGCUUCAUUCACAAAUGGCAGCCCAGACCUCAGCUUCAGUCCUGGCAGAAGAACUCCACAAAGUGAUUGCAGAAAAGGACAAACAGCUAAAGCAGAUGGAGGACUCGUUAGGCAACGAACAUGCCAAUUUAACCAGCAAGGAGGAAGAGCUCAAGGUAUUGCAGAAUAUGAACCUGUCCUUGAAAUCAGAAGUACAGAAGUUACAGGCUCUGACAAAUGAGCAGGCUGCUGCUGCACAUGAGCUAGAAAGGAUGCAGAAAAGCAUUCACAUCAAAGAUGACAAAAUAAGAACUCUUGAAGAGCAGCUUCGAGAAGAACUUGCGCAGACUGCAAACACGAAAGAAGAAUUCAAGGUUCUCAAGGAUCAAAACAAAACUCUGCAAGCUGAAGUUCAGAAGCUGCAGACUCUCCUGUCUGAGCCUGUACAGCCAGUGUAUGCUGAGGCAAACAAAGACUUGUUAGAGCAGAUGGAGAGAAGCAUGAGAGAGAAGGAUGAUAAAAUCAAGACAGUUGAAGAGCUGCUUGAGGCAGGACUCAUACAGGUGGCUAAUAAAGAAGAGGAUCUGAAGGCACUGCGAACAGAAAAUUCAUCCUUGAGAAAAGAACUUCAAAGUCUGCAAAUUCAGCUAUCAGAGCAGGUUUCCUUCCAGUCACUGGUGGAAGAACUCCAGAAAGUGAUCCACGAGAAGGAUGGAAAAAUAAAGUCAGUGGAAGAACUACUACAAGCUGAAAUCCUUAAAGUAGCAAGCAAGGAGAAGACUGUUCAGGCUUUGACACAGAAAAUAGAGGCUCUGAAAGAAGAAGUAGGAAAUUCCCAGCUUGAGAUGGAAAAACAGGUGUCGAUUACAUCACAAGUUAAAGAACUUCAGACUCUGUUGAAGGGGAAGGAAAAUCAGGUGAAAACCAUGGAGGCCUUAUUGGAAGAGAAGGAGAAAGAGAUUGUUAAGAAAGGAGAAUGGCUGAAGGGUCAACAAGAUACAAUUGCACAGUUAACCAGUAAAGUUCAGGAGUUAGAACAACAGAACCUGCAACAGCUCCAACAGGUGCCUGCUGCAUCCCACGUCCAGGACCUGGAGAGUCUGUUGAAAGAGGAGAAAGAACAAAUGCAGAAGCUGAAAGCUGUACUGGAGGAAAAGGAGAGAGAAAUUGCAAGCCAAGUAAAACAGUUGCAGGAUAUGCAAAAGGAAAAUGAGUCUUUCAAAGUUCAAAUUCAAGAAUUAAAACAGGAGAACUGCAAGCAGGCAUCUCUGGCCGUCCAGAGUGAGGAGCUUCUGCAAGUAGUUGCAGGGAAAGAGAAGGAAAUCACCAGUCUUCAAAACGAGCUCGCCUGUCAGAGAAAUGCUUUUGAGCAACAGAGGAAAAAGAACAACGACCUUCGGGAGAAAAACUGGAAAGCAAUGGAGGCAUUGGCAUCAACUGAAAAAUUGCUGCAGGACAAAGUGAACAAGACUGCCAAGGAGAGGCAGCAGCAUCUGGAAGCUGCUGAAGUGGAGACCAGAGAACUACUCCAGAAGCUGUUCCCUAACGUCUCGCUUCCUUCUAAUGUGAGUCAUAGCGAAUGGAUAUGUGGAUUUGAAAAGAUGGCUAAAGAGUAUUUGCGAGGGGCUUCGGGAUCUGAAGAUGUCAAGGCUAUGGAGCAGAAGUUGAAGGAGGCUGAGGAGAUGCACAUACUCUUGCAACUGGAGUGUGAGAAAUACAAAUCAGUUCUGGCAGAGACGGAGGGGAUUUUACAAAGGCUACAGAGGAGUGUGGAAGAGGAAGAAAGCAAAUGGAAGAUAAAAGUUGAAGAAUCACAGAAGGAACUUAAACAGAUGCGCUCUUCGGUCGUUUCUUUGGAGCACGAGGUAGAGAGGUUAAGAGAAGAAAUCAAAGAAGUCGAAACUCUUAAAAAAGAGAGAGAACAUUUGGAAAGUGAACUAGAAAAGGCAGAAAUAGAGCGAUCUACUUAUGUUUCAGAAGUCAGAGAGCUCAAAGAUCUGUUGACUGAGUUGCAGAAAAAACUUGAUGAUUCAUAUUCUGAAGCAGUAAGACAGAAUGAAGAGUUAAAUUUGCUGAAAACACAGUUAAGUGAAACACUAUCAAAACUCAAAGUUGAUCAAAAUGAGAGGCAGAAAGUGGCUGGUGACCUGCCAAAGGCCCAGGAGUCCUUGGCAUCUCUUGAGAGAGAAAUCGGCAAAGUGUUUGGGGAUGCCAAUGUUAUUGAAAACAGCGACGUUCGCACAGACUCGGAAUUGACUGAUAAAAGGCUAAAUGUGGCGGUGAAUCUUAACCAGGAUGUAGGUCAUCUCAAGAAGCUGCUCGUGUCAGUAAGCCAAAUGCUGUCAAAGGGACGGGAACACUACCAGCUAGUAGAAUGAAGUCACGGGGGAAUCGCUAAUUUGAGGAUAGCAGAAGGCAUUGUAUUAUAUUUUGCCAAAUUAAAGCCUUAUUUAUGUUUUCACCCUUUCUACUUUGUCAGAAACACUGAACAGAGUUUUGUCUUUUCUAAUCCUUGUUAGACUACUGAUUUAAAGAAAAAAACCCAACUCUGUAGACACCUCCAGAGUUUAGUUUUAUAAUAAAAAGAAAACCUCUUUGGAUAAUUUGACCGUUACGUUCCUGGAGAGACAGCAAACACGUAAUCUUUUAUCUUAUUUUGCUCAAUAAAACUUGUUCAGAAAACUCCAACACGGUAAAGUCACCAAUGGGCUAUAACAUUUUAAUACUGAUGUUGUACACUGUUUUACUUAAAUACAUUUUUGGGAUUAGUUGCCUCUGACUUCAACCUCAAGUAAACACUCCUUUUUUUUUUUGGUUGCUAAUGUAAUCAGUUUUUGUAAUGGUGUCAGCAAAUAAAGGGAUGCUAUUA